AUGACGACUACCGUCCUCGCUCCACGAACCGCGGCGACAGUCUUCGAAACGGAUGACUCAAACAGUAUCCCGUUGGUACGAUGGACAUCAAAAAAUUCUCGACCUGACUCAAGGCCCGAAGGCCUCCUGCAUCCUGGCCAGACUCUUGGUAAUGGUCUUUACGAGGGUCAGGAUGUUGGUUUGUCUCGGUUGAGGGCGAUCACUCUCAUCGCUACCCUCACUGGGAUCAACUUUGUGGGCAGCAUGAGUGGUGGCUUAUUGACUAUUGGCCUACCGUGGAUCGCGGCAGAUUUGAACCUUUCGGAUAAUCUAUUGCUUUGGUACGUAGAGCUCAGAUCUAUCAGCUUUAAAAAGGCCCUCGAUGUUCGAAAUCUUCUAACAUGA